GAAUAUCGUCAGUCUAUCCAGAGCAUUGGAAACAUGUGGAGCUACUUGGGAUUACUAACUUUGGUGGCGUUGGCCCAAAGCCACGACGUCAUAGUUGGGAAUAGCACAGAGGGCCGAAAAAUCUUCGACGAAGUCCGCCAUGCCAGCCCCACGAUUUGGCGGCAAACGGAAUCGCUAACAAUCAACACGACUGAUGCCGAAGUCAUCAGCCGAGUGGCCAUAACCGACCUCAGGCCAAACAAGGACGGGGAUGCGAAAAUCCUUGAAGGAGGAGAGGGACAGAAGAACGUCACAAUCGAGCUCAAAAGUCCUACCGUACUCAGAGGGUAUGACUUCCAAAUCGAAGUUUACUCCGUUCCCGAAAACCAAGUGAGGAAGCAAAGAAAUCCUGAAGAUCCUAGUGAGGAUUUACCACUUACGCCGUUUGAAGAUUCGAAGAAAGUUGAGUCUACAACUGGUCAGAACUCCGGAUCAACCGAAGCUUCAACCACUGAAAACGUUGAUGAUAAACUAAAAACCAGUGACCCUAUCGUUUCCAGUGAAACUGCAGAAGGAUCUGAGCCAACAUCUAUCACUCCUAGCAACAAUCAAGAAGUAACAGAAUCAACCAAAAACGACGACAGCUCCAGAUUUACUCGUGGUGCGGUGAAUGAAAACAGUACAAGUGAACAAAACACACCUGCAAAGGACCUGCCAUCAUCCACAACUCCAAGGCAGGACAAAAUCAGCUACACGACAGGCCCCCAUUGGGAAGUGCCAAGGCUAAAUAUCAACCUGCCAACACCAGCAAGCAAUGACCAGGAGGAAAAAAGAAACGCACGCGAUGUAAACGAAAGUGAUGACGACAAAAAGGUUUCAACAACUGCAAAAUCUCUGACACCCAACUCUGCUAAUGUCGACCUAUCGAAGACUCUCCCGGCAGUAAAUGUACCUUUACCUUAUGCCAACCAAGGAACAUCAACAGCAGUACCUACAACAGAAAAGUCACAAAACAAGAGAGAAACAGAAGAUAAAUCUACAACAACAGAACAGCAAGAUGUUAAAAAUGUACCCCGUGUGUUGGGAGAACAAAAUUCCACGAUUCUUGAGCAGAAACCUGUGAUAUCUAUUCAAUAAGUUAUUUUGCCAUAGAAAUUAGAAUAUACCUACAGAGUAGUCUUUGUAAUUUAACAUUUAGUUUUGGUUAGUAUUGUUGCUGUGAAGUUUUGUGCCUAGCUCUUACAACAUUAUUUUAUUUUCCUUAUAAAACAAUGUAUGUUAAGUUAACUCGCUUUUAAGAAGUUAUAGCAUUAAAUAAAAACAAUAAAACCAUAAAUGUAAAACUCUGUUUUAUUAAAGAAUAUCUUCAAAAACCUAACAAUAAAAACAACCUGUAAUGGAAUGGCAUUCGUAUUAUAAACUAUCGCUGGUAUAAACAUCAGUUGCAUUAAAUGCUUGCAUUGUACAUUUAUUAAUAUUUUAUUUUAUUUGAGUCAACUAUAGGUCUGACUAAGUCAGUGCCCGAGGGAGGAGGGCAACAUUUUUUUUUUAUCCACAACGAGGGAGCUCUUGGCCUGUAUCUCACCUGAUGGUAAGUGAUGAUCAGGCCGAAGGUGGAAGCGAGCUUCACCCGGAAUCCUCAACCACGGAGAAACUGGCUAUCUUACCUCUAACUGCCGGAACACAAUAAUGCUGUUAACAUUGUUGUUAUGGCGACAGACUUAGGUAAGAUAGUGGUAGCUAGCCAGGCGGACUUAGAAACAAGCCCUACCACCAACCAAACCGAACAGAAAAAUCUGCCCCCACUGGGAAUCGAACCCGGGACCUCUGCGUCUGAAGCAGGUGGUCUUACCACUAGACCACAGAGGCGGUUAUGA